UCACUGUUUUCCUGUGAAGGGAAAAAGAGACAAGAACGCCUUCUUUUCCCAAGCAAGCUUUCUAGUCUAGAGAUUCAAAUACUAGUUUAAUGGUGAAGGUAAGUGUUUUCCUUCUCUUAAAUAAGAUGUUAAUUACUGAGCCAUCAAAGAUGUACUCAAGGGAGGAAGUAAUUUUAGGAGAACUCACAGACACACCAACCACAGCCUGAGGACCUCCACUUGGGAAUGCUGUCUGGGUCCAAAGAAAAGAAGAGGUUGUCUCACAAAAAACUUCCCAAUCAAGACUCUACAGCUGAGAAGCCACCGGUGACAAGGGCCACGGUGGACAGUGGUCACUAGCAAGAGGGACCUGUGAGUAUUAGCUGUGGUCAAAGCCUGUCGUGGUGACAGUGGUCUGGGGCAGAGAGAAACUCUGCCACAAAGUGCACACCAUUCUCUGGAGAAGCAAAAUGGAUGAGAAGCCUGCCGCUAUGAAAGGGUCAGGUCUCUGCUCAAUACGCUAUGCGCUGGCUCUCAUCAUGCACUUCUCCAACUUCACCAUGAUAACGCAGCGUGUGAGUCUGAGCAUUGCCAUCAUCGCCAUGGUGAACAGCACACAGCAUCAGGACCCGGCUAACGUAUCCGCCAACGGGCCUUGGUUAGACCUCCUGGGUAACCAGAGCAGAGGCAUCAAGGACAUGAGCACACGGGCUGCUGUGUACCAGUGGAGCACGGAGACACAGGGCAUUAUCUUUAGCUCCAUCAGCUAUGGAAUCAUACUGACGUUAAUACCGAGUGGAUAUUUAGCGGGGAUAUUCGGAGCAAAGCAGAUACUUGGCGCUGGUUUGCUCGUCUCAUCCCUGCUCACUCUGUUUACUCCGCUGGCUGCUGACUUUGGGGUGGUUUUGGUCAUCAUCAUUCGCACGGUCCAGGGGAUGGCCCAGGGAAUGGCGUGGACCGGUCAGUUUACAAUCUGGGCAAAGUGGGCUCCGCCACUUGAACGGAGCAAGCUCACCAGCAUUGCCGGCUCAGGGGCAGCAUUUGGAUCCUUCAUCAUCCUAUGUGUGGGGGGAUUAAUCUCUCAGGCGUUGGGCUGGCCUUUUAUUUUCUACAUCUUUGGUAGCAUUGGCUGCAUCUGCUGUGUCCUGUGGUUCACGGUGAUUUACGAUGACCCCGUGCACCACCCAUGCAUAAGUGUGAGGGAAAAGGAACACAUCGCAUCCUCACUGGCUCAGCAGUCUAGCUCUCCGAGAAGAUCCGUCCCUAUAAAGGCUAUGGUCAGAUGUCUGCCACUGUGGGCCAUUUUCAUGGGGUUUUUCAGUCAUUUCUGGCUAUGCACCAUAAUCAUAACAUACCUACCAACGUACAUCAGCACGGUUCUCCACGUUAACAUCAGAGAUAGUGGGGUCCUGUCCUCCCUGCCUUUUGUCGCCGCCUCAACCUGUACAAUUUUAGGAGGUCAGAUGGCAGAUUUCCUUCUGUCCAGGAACCUUCUCAGCCUAAUCACAGUUCGAAAGCUCUUUUCGUCCCUGGGGCUGCUCCUCCCAUCACUCUGUGCCGUGGCCCUGCCCUUUGUGACGUCAAGUUACAUAGCAACCGUUGUUUUGCUGAUACUCAUUCCUGGGACCAGCAACUUGUGUGACUCGGGGUUCAUCAUCAACACCUUAGAUGUUGCACCCAGAUAUGCAAGUUUCCUCAUGGGCAUCUCAAGGGGAUUUGGGCUUACUGCAGGAAUCAUCUCUUCCACUACCACCGGAUUCCUCAUCAGUCAGGAUUCAGAAUCAGGAUGGAGGCAUGUGUUUUUCCUGUCUGCUGCAGUCAACAUGUUUGGUCUGAUCUUUUACCUCAUAUUUGGAGAAGCAGAAAUCCAGAACUGGGCCAAAGAAAGGACUCUCACCCGCCUCUGAGGAUGUCGGGCCAGAGACCAAACGAAGUGCCGACCUCAACUUCUUGACGUGUUUUGCUUAUCACCGCUCUUCCUUCGUACUCCUGACC